AUGUGCCGUGCCUCAGUUUCCCCCAUACGGGUGUACCAGCACCAUGUGCUGCCCAUGGUGUGGUGGGUGCUGGGGUGCCAUAAAGUCCCCGAGAGGGCGCCCUGUGAGCUGGCAGCGAAAGCGGCGAUUUCCCAACCGGCACGUGAGGCCGAGCCACCAACCCCCCCCGGGGUGACAGCCACCGAGGGAGACAGGACGGUCCCCGAGGAGCCUCGCCGGCCGGUUGGGAAGUGCCACCGGGGCCGGAUCCUGCCACCGCUGCUGCUGCUGCUGGCGCUGCUACCGCUCGGCCUCGCCGCGCCGUGCUCCCCCCAACCCAACGUCACCCGUUUCGUCUGCACGGAGCCCACCCUGAGCACCUUCCCCGCCGGGCUGCCCCCCACCACCCUGGCCAUCUCGGUGGAGUUCACGGCGCUGGCCGUCCUCCUCCCCACCGCCCUGGCAGGGCUGCCCCAGCUGCAGGAGCUCCAUCUUUCCUCCAACCGCCUCGCCACCCUCCCCGAAGCCCUCCUGCGCCCCGUGCCCACCCUGCGCGUCCUCGACCUGACGGAUAACCUCCUCGCCGACCUCCCCGCCGGCAUCUUCGCCGGCACCAGCGACCUCCAGCACUUGGUGCUGCGGGGGAACCGGUUGCAGGCGUUGCAACCCGCCUGGUUCCGGCACCUUCCCCAGCUGCAGUGGCUCGACCUGGCUGCCAACGCCUUGGCGGAGGUGCCACCGGAGGUUUUCCGCCCUCUGUGUUCCCUCCGUAGCCUGGAUCUGUCCCGCAACCGGCUGGCAUCCCUGGCACCGGACGCGCUGGCCGGGCUGCAGGCGCUGGAGCGGCUCGACCUGGAGGGGAACCGGCUGGGCACGCUGCCGCCCGCCGCCUUCGCGCCCGCGCCCGCCCUUCGCCUCCUCUUCCUCCAGGAUAACGAGCUGCGGGAGCUGCCCGCCGGCAUCUUCGUCCCCCUGCGUCAUCUUCGUGUCCUCGACCUGGCGCGUAACCGGCUGCGGACGCUGGAGCUGCCCCCCCGACCCCCCGGGUCCGCGUUAGACCUCGACAUCUCGGGCAACCCCUGGGUCUGCGAGUGCCCGCUGCUGGCACUGCUGCGGCGGGCGGCCCCGCGGCUCACCGCCACCCGCGACACCCUCUGCGCCAGCCCCGCGCCCCACCGGGGACGGGAGGUGGCCGCCGUCAGCCGGGUUGGGGACACGGGCUGUGAGCCCAAAGGGGACGGGCAACGCCUGCCAGACCCCCAGGCAAGGGGCUUGGUGUCACCGGAGGUGCCUGGGUAUGUCACCUCCCUCCCUGCCACUCUGUCCCCAGCUGAGAUGAGCUCUCCUGGGGAAACUGAGGCAGAGAGAUAGGGGCGCAGCUGUCCCCAGCCCGACGGCCCCCGUCCCCAUCCCGUGAUGCCCAUCCCAGUGGCCCCCAGCCCCUUCCCACCCGGCUCAGGCUGUCCCACGUCCCUGUCACCGUCCCGCCUGGCACCCGUCCCUAUCCCCACCCCACAAGAGCACAUUAAACACGGUCACUUGGUGCCACCGCA